AUGAACGCCUUUCCAUCAUGGAAGGAUCGCACGCAAAAUCAGUUCGGUAAACUUCAAAUCCAGGUGCCAUGGCGCUCAUUCCAGCUCUUGGUGCCGCAUCGCAUGCGCCGCAAGAUCCGCUCAAAGCUCCGGAGUCGCAUAUCACCAACUUCGUCCAUCGCCAAUUUGCAGACAUCGUUCUCUCCAGCCGAUACUCUGCGUUCGCUUCAAUCCCACCGAUGGACGAUGUAUGAUUUCCAGUAUCUACUACUGCUUAUAAUCGGCAUCUUCUCCCUGACUGUCAUGCAAUCGCCGGGCCCGCUGGCUAAGACCGCUAUCUCAACUCUGCUUCUAUUCUCUCUAUUGAUGCCCAUCACACGGCAAUUCUUUCUCCCUUUCUUGCCCAUUGCUGGGUGGCUCAUUUUCUUCUACGCUUGCCAGUUCGUUCCGAGCGAUUGGCGACCUGCAAUUUGGGUCCGAGUACUCCCUGCUAUGGAGAACAUCUUGUAUGGAGCCAACAUUAGCAACAUCCUGUCAGCCCACCAAAAUGUCGUCUUGGAUAUCUUGGCCUGGAUUCCCUACGGACUCUGCCAUUAUGGCGCGCCAUUUGUCGUCUCUCUGAUCUUGUUCUUCUUCGGCCCUCCGGGUACCACUCCGCUCUUCGCCCGAACCCUGGGAUACAUCACUGGCAUUCCCAUGCUCGCCACCAUGGUACGAGAACCUUUACGGUCUUGCCCUGCCGACUACUCCAUGCAGGGAAAUCCCGCCGGUCUGGCCCGCAUCGACAAGCUGCUCGGAAUUGAUCUGUACACCUCCGGCUUCAAACAGUCUCCCGUGGUCUUUGGCGCUUUCCCAUCCCUCCACGCUGCUGACUCGACUUUGGCGGCUUUGUUCAUGAGCCACGUUUUCCCUCGGUUGAAGUUCAUCUGGAUCACCUACACUCUGUGGAUGUGGUGGGCGACCAUGUACCUGUCUCACCACUAUGCGGUCGACCUUGUCUGUGGUGGCCUCCUCGCCACCGUGGCAUUCUACUUUGCCAAGACUCGUUUCCUCCCGCGCAUCCAGACCGACAAGAUGUUCCGCUGGGAUUACGACUACGUGGAAGUUGGAGACUCCUCCCGCCAAUUCGGUUACGAUCUCGCUACUCUGGAUGGUGAAUUCAACCUGGACAGCGAUGAGUGGACCGUUGGCUCUUCAUCCUCCGUUUCCUCGGGCUCGUUGAGCCCUGUGGAUGACCACUACGCUUGGGAGAGCGAAACCCUGACCUCGAACCACGACAUUGAAGCCGGUCGCUAA